AUGAGUUCCUACUACGACGUAGAUGCCAUCCUUACGGAUGCCCAGAAGGUACCCUGUACUUUCGAGCUUACCGUUCCUGGCCUCGGCUAUCUUGAGGGCAACAUGAGCGGCGAUAUGAAGCAGGGUUCAAAAGUCGAGCUUCCACUAUGGCUGGGCGAAAUGCUUGCACUGAGUCAAAGUCUAAAUACAUCCUCUCUUGUGACCAUCGACCCUCCGUCCGCCCUAUCGCCGCGCGUCUUGAACGCCCUUAAAGCUGACCCGAGAACUGUCGAUCUACGAGCUCUCGCCCCGCACUUCUACAACCUCGGCGCACGAAUCCUGGAGCUGUUUGAGGAGGAAGAAAUGAUCGAGGUACUAAGCGAAACAUUCAAGGCUAGGGCUGCUCUCAUAGCAGAUCAAGCCCAUAACCCACGAGGUGCACUAGGCGAAGGCGCCGACUUCAUGCGAGGUCUGGAUGAGAACGAGCGGCAGUUGUUUCGCGCGGCACACGAUAGCGCAAAGGGCGUACGGACGUGGAUGGCAGAUCUGAAGAAGAAAUGA